AUGUCUGAAUGGUUAAGAGAUUUGCCUCUGAAUGGUUAAGUAUUAUACAGAGUCUGAAUGGUUAAGACCUCUUAUCUGAAUUGAUCAGACAUUUGCUUCUGAAUAGUUAAACAAUAUACUAGCUCUUAAUGGUUCAGACCUCUUACUGGUUCAGCACUUAAUGGUUCAGACCUCUUACUGAAAGAAAUACUCCGAUUAGAAGACGCAGUGUGAGGAUUGCGAUGGCGAAAGAGGAAGAGUUGCGCAACGCAGAGCAAAUGUUGUCAGAGGAUGAAGCGCUUGAUGAAAUUCCGUUAAUCAAGAGGAUGGAAAAGGUUCAGGAAGCACAGAGGUUGGAGAGAGACAGCCUGGUCGAUGGAAGGAUAAAUACAUACUGCAAUGUGAAUGAAGUUGCUAGACAGAUCAGGGCAAAGCUGACUGAAGAGGAGUUGGGCAGAUUUAGGACUUCGGCAUUCGGGAUGAUUUUAGAUGUUCUGGAUUGUCCUUGGAUCAGUGGGCAAUUGCUCAUCUUUUUGGUCGGGAACUGUGUGCGGUCUGCUGAUGAAAAUGGAAGUAAGGAUAGGUUGAAGUUCAGGAUUCUUGGUCAUGAGGUUGUUUUGACGAAGGCCCAAUUUCAUCUGAUCACCGGGUUAAAAAUGGGCGGACGGAGGGUGAUAGUGGAUAAUAGUGUGGGUGGUAGGUUUGCGGCGCGGUAUUUUCCGUCAUGUAAAUCAGUCAAGCGAAGAGCGAUCAGUAAUGCUUUCUUAAAAUUUAAGCGUGAUGCAGAGCGGACACUGCCAAGUGACGCAGUGAAGAUGGCGUUGAUUUAUGCUUUGGCAAACGUGUUUCUAGGUAACCAGCCUUCGGUUAAUUUGCCGAUGCAUUAUUUGAGCUUGGUUGAUGACCUGGAUGAGUUUAAUACCUACCCUUGGGGGGAUGACGUGUGGUCGGAGUUAGUCGAUCAUGUGUAUAGGUGCGCUUUAUUUAUUGAGAAAGGCGGAAGCACCCGGCCUACCUUUGGAGGAUACAUGUUUGCAUUGCAAAUUUGGGCUUUUGAGACAUUUCCAUCUCUGGCGGCGGAGGGGAUGUGUGUGCUAGAUCCUGAGCGGGUGAAUUUGAUUCCCCGGUGUCUGCGGUGGAAGGUUUGCGGGAAGUUUAACUCUUCGAAAGUCUCCGACGCACUUUUCAAAUUUGGGAAGCUUAUAGUUAAUGAUGUGGAGCCAACGGAUUCAGAGUUGUUGUUGGGCAGUGUGAAAGAGCUGUUUAAGGGGAAAGGCACAUCUGCAGUGAAGGCCAGGAAGAAGUUGUCACUUAGCAUUUCAAAGCGUUUUCGAAAGGUUAAGGAAAGGCAGAUGAAUAUACGCGAUGCGUUUGUUAGGCAGAAGACUGCGGGGGAGGCAUGUGGAAGUGUGUUGAAGCGUAAAGGGAAGACGGUGUGUGUGGAAAAUAAGGAUAGUGAGCAGUUGGAUAUGGGUCCUAUGGUUUCUUGCGAAGGGAUUGUUGGGCAGGAUGCAAUUCAGGGAGGGUGCAAGAGAAGUGUUAGUGGUGAUGAUACUGCCAAGAGAACUGGUUACACUACAAUGCCAAAAGAGGUGCAUGUACCAGUGGAUGUUGAGUCCGCAUUUGGGGGGUCGAGCGGUUCGAACAAAGGGAAUCUUGGGCAGCACAUCGAUGGUGCCAAGCGUAAACGUAGCUUGGAUGACGAUGAUUUUGAAAGAUUUUUUACUAGCAGCCGGGUGGGAAGUGGGGAGCAUGGAGUGAAUGGUGCUCGAGAUGCUUUGGUGGUGUUUUCCAAAGGUUCAGAUUCCAUUACUGCAUGUGUUGAGAUUGAUCGGCCCAAAAGGGUUCACAAGAAUCCGGAGAGAUAUACUCCCACAGAAGUCGAGCAUGAUAAGGAAAAGCGGAAACUGGAGAGGAUGGAGCGUGCUAAGCAACAUAUGGAACGUGUUAGGUUGGAGGUAUGCCAUGGGCCCUUUUCAAAAGAUCCAAUGGCGAUGCCUGCGGAUGUGGAAAUACAAAAGGUGAGAGAGUUUUUGAAUGAAGAACUGCUGAAAAGGCAUGGAAGGGGGAACAGGACAUGUCGGUAUACAAGUAAGGAGGAGAACUUGACGAAAAGUCCGAUUGUCCUUGAUGGUUUUAAAGUGGAGAACAAAACAUGGGUCUAUGAAUUGUUUACAAACACAGAGUGGUUGCGCAGCACGCAUGUUGAAAUAGCAAUGCAUUUCCUGGAAGUGAAAGGUAGGCAGUAUAACCUCUUGCAGAUGUACACAACUACAACCCCCAUACUUCUUGCAAGGGUUUGUGUAAUCAUCAACAAAAGUGACCACUGGAUUUUGCUUGUCCUAGAGGUUGAAGGGAGGACAAUACGGGUAUACGAUUCAAAAGGAAGGAAGGGAAAGAGUUCCCGGGCAUUGAACGAAUACGUGGAAUGUAUGACAGAGUUGCUGCCUGUCCUGCUUGAUUUGUUGAGUGUAUAUGAUGAGCACUCCGAUGGCCCAAUGGGGAAAAAGAAGUUCAAUAUCAAGGUCGUUGAUGAGUGUCCGCAACAAGAUGACGGGUGUAACUGUGGGAUGUUUAUGUUGAAGCUUGCAGAAUAUCUAAUGAUGGAUAGAGAAAUUUCUGAAGUUCAUGCACGCGACAUGGUAUACAGUAAUGAGCUGAAAGAGAAGGCCGAAGACAAAUAGGAUUAUCGUGUGAAAUUAUUUGGAAUAAUUCUGCAUGGUGUGGACAGUUUUUUGGUUUGGGAUGGGGGCAAUUUGUGUAUGAUUGAAUGGAAUGGGCUAACGGCAAAGUUUGAUUGUAAGUACAGGGCAAUGUGUUUGU